CAUCUUGCGGGCACAGGGGGUGCGGCACACAAAGACCCCCCCCAAAAAAAAACCAAGCCAGCCCCCCGGCGCGGUGCUGGGGGGGUCACCGAGCCCCCCUCGGGCCGCCCAGGGACCCCCCGGUGGUCCCCGAGGAGCCGCAGAGCCGCCGGUCCCGGAUUGAGCAGCGACAGCGUCGGGAGCAGCAGGUGCCCCCAUGGCGUCGUUCCGCAUCCGGCAGUACCAGGAGCAGGACUACGAGGCCGUGCGGGCGCUGUUCGCCCGCGGCAUCCUGGAGCACGCGCCGGCCGCCUUCCGGCACGUGCUGCGGGCGGCGCGGGUGCGCCUGGCGCUGCUGGCCGUCUUCGUGGCGGCGAGGGCGGCCGCGGGCUCCUGGCCGCUGGGGCUGGGCGCGGUGGCGCUGGCGCUGGUGCUGCUCUGGGUGCUGGUGCGCUCGCUGGGCACCGAGUACGUGCGCGAGGCGCUGGGCACCGACCUGUGCGACGUGCCCGGCGCCUACCUGCGCCCGCCCGACUGCCGCCUCUGGGUGGCCGAGGAGGGCGGCGCCGUGGCGGGCAUGGUGGCGGCGGUGCCCGCGGGCCGCGGCGAGCUGGAGCUGAAGAGGCUGUCGGUGAGCCGGGAGCGGCGGGGCCGCGGGUUGGCGCGGGCGCUGUGCCGGGAGGUGCUGGCGUUCGCCCGCGCCCGCGGCUACGGCGCCGUGGUGCUCAGCACCUCCAUGGUGCAGGUGGCGGCGCAGCGGCUCUACGAGGGGCAGGGCUUCCGCAGGGUGGGCACCUCGUACCCCUCGCUGCUGGGCACCUUGCUGAACUUCCAGAUCUUUCACUACCGCUGUGACUUGGGGGAUGGCACGAAGUAGGGCCCGGGUGGCGCGGUGCCGGGAUGGAGGGGCCGGCGUGGCACCCCGAACCUGGCACGCGAGGCACCGCCAUGGCACCCCAGCUCCAGCCCUGGUGUGGCGAGCCCGGGACAUGAGGCGUUGCCGUGGCACUGCCGUGGCACCCGAAUCCUGGCACCGCCGCUGCCCGCGAACCCUGGCACCGCUAUGGCACCCCACACCCGGCCCCGGGACGCAACCCCAACACUCCCACCCCAAUCCUGGCACAGCAGCGCCAGCACAGCACCGCAAUCCCAGGACACGAAGCACCACCGCGGCACCCCAGCCUGGCACUGCCUUGGCACGGUGACACCGGGACGUGUGGCACUCGCUGCCUUGGCACCCCGGGAUCCAGCACAGCACUCCAACCCUGGCACUGAACCAUGGCACCCCGAUCCCCACCCCGGCACAGGGGGCACCCACGUGGCCCUUCCUGGAUUUCCAGCAGCAGGAAAUAAAGAGAGACCUGUGGGAA